AUGCCGGACGAUUCGAAGGGGAAGGGACACCCCGAUGUCAAUUCCAAGCUCGCCGCCCUAAACAAGAAAUCGCUUUUCGAACGCCAAAAAGAGGAAGCCGAAGCUAAACGCGCCCGCGAUGAACUAGAAACGGCCGCCGUUUACGAAGAAUUUGUGAAGUCGUUCGAUGACGAUCAGAUAUCAGCGGGCCCCCGAGCUGCAGGCGGACAAUCAAAUACAUUUGGAGGCAGAGGAGGAGCAUUCGGAGGAGGUCAGCCACGACGACAUUUCACCAACGCCGGACCUCGACCCAGUGGCCCAGGAAGUCUUGGACCAUUGCCGCCAUCACUUUCUAAAAAGAGAACACACGAUGAGUUCGCAUCACGAAACCGCGACGGGGCACAAGUUGGCUCUGGAUAUGAUCACACAGGCCCUGGCUCAUUAGGACCGCUUCCGGUAUUUCGCAGUGCCUCAGAUGACGAAGACGAUCGGAAAGCCGAUGCAAAGGAGGCUGAAAAGGCUGCUGCCAGGCCUACCUUAUAUCUUGCGUCACUUCCUCCCGGGACUUCACCGUCUGUUCUCAAGUCAUUGGUAUCAUCUCUUGUUGUGGAGGAUAUCAAUAUCUUCCGCCCUCCAAACCAGGCUCCCACGGACCGGAAUUCGGCAUCCGCAAUUAUCACGCUUGCCAGCGACUCUGCAGCUUCAGAUAUCGAUGCCGUCGUUAGCGCACUUCAGAACAAGUACCUCGGCCGUGGUUACUUUCUGACAAUUUUCCGGCAUCUCUCAUCGGCGGCGAUCAAUUUAAACGCGCCUUCCAACAUCGGCCUGUCCAACAGUAGCUCAUUGCCAUUUGGAGCAAAGACCAUCCAGCCCAGUCUUGGAGGGAGUCUCAGCCGUGCCCCACCACCACACCAUGGAGGCUUUGCUCCUCCGGCUUCAUAUGGACCAAAUAACGGCCGAAAUACGCCAUCCACGAUAGUGGAAGUCCAGGUGCCAUCAGAUUUGAAACAGUUGAGACUCAUUCACACAAUGAUCGAGUAUCUUCUUGAUCAUGGCCCUGAAUUCGAGGCUCUCUUAAUGGCCAGACCAGAGAUACAAAGAGAUGAAAAAUGGGCCUGGUUGUGGGAUGCUCGAAGCCCCGCUGGGGUCUAUUAUCGCUGGAAGUUAUGGCAGGUUGUCACCAACCCUCAGUAUAACAGUCGAACGGCAAGGGCUAAAGGCCCGUCCAUCAUAUUUGAAGGUGGGCCAGGAUGGAUGGCCCCAAGAAGUGAUAUAAAAUUCGAGUACACGACACGCCUUGACGAGUUUGUAUCAGAUGAGGAUUACAACUCCUCCGACGAUGAAGACUCAGAUGCCGAAGAUGAAAAACGGAACCUUGGAGGCGCACCACCUCCUGAUGGAGGAAGUGGUCUAAACGAAGGGCUUGGGUACAUGAACCCGCUAGAAAAGGCCAAGCUUACGCAUCUUCUUGCCCGGCUACCAACAACACAUGCAAAGCUCCGACGGGGUGAUAUUUCGAGGAUUACUACUUUUGCCAUCGACCAUGCAGGAUCAGGCGCUGAUGAAGUUGUUGAAAUGGUCAUUCUGAAUAUUCUUUCACCCUUGGCAUACACGGGAGCCAACCCUGAGCGUGAAAUGGAAAGGGAGGCAAUAAAUCGAGAAAAUGCCGAAAAAGACAAUGACAAUCCCUCCAAAGGGAAGAUGGAUCUUUCUCCUGCCAAGUUAGUCGCGUUGUACGUCAUUUCGGAUAUUUUGUCGUCGUCUGCUACCAGCGGUGUUCGGCAUGCGUGGAGAUACCGUCAGCUUUUCGAAUCUGCUUUACGAUCCUAUAAGGUCUUUGAACAUCUUGGUCGGCUUGAGAAAGACCUUCAUUGGGGUCGACUCAGGGCAGAAAAGUGGAAACGCAGUAUAGGGACUCUUCUUCAUCUCUGGGAAGGAUGGUGUGUGUUCACACAGCCCAGCCAGGAGCAUUUUGUCCAGGUGUUCGAACAGCCGCCCCUUACAGAGGAAGAGCAACAGAAACAGAAAGAGAAAGCUGAGGCUGAGGCCGCACAGGCUUGCAACGCAUUUACCAAGAGCAAGAAUCGGUGGAAGCCUGUGGACGAUGAGCCUGGUCAAGCCUAUCCACACCAGCCACCUGAUACGGGGACCCAGGCCCACCAGGCGUUUCCUCCGGCUGAUGGACUCGAAGGGGAUGACCCAGUGGACUUCAAUAUCGACGGUAUCCCUCUGACAGACAGUGACUUGGAAAUGAUGCUGCCCGAUGAUGGAGUACCAAUAGACGAAGCUACUAUCCUGCGACUCAGAAAUCCCACUCUGAACGUCCCCAUGGAGCAGCCGUCUGAACGGCCUGAACAGCCUGAACAGCCUGAACCAGCAGCCGGGCAGCAAGAACAAGGGCAGAAGCAGCUCGAACCAGCCUCUCGGCGCCCUCGAAAACCGCGGCCCAAGGCUGAGGACAUGUUCGCAUCGGACUCAGAGUGA